AUGGCACGAACUUCAGACCUCGUUCAAGAUUCAGAGCUACACACAUACUUCCUCCCGGACCAUACAGUGGAAACAGUCCACACGUUCCAGGUGUCAGACCCCGCUUCCGGACAGCGGCUUGUGACCAGAACGGAGCAUUGGCAGCGGCAAAAAGAGAUUGGGAGCGGUGGAUUUGGUAGCGUCUGGCUAGAGAAAUGCAUCAAAGGCGGGCGAUCGGAUGCCACCCAAGCUGGUGCGCUCCGAGCAGUCAAGCAGAUUAACACAGACCCGCGACACGGGUCGUUCGACUAUAAUCGGGAGCUGGAGGCGAUUACCAAGUUCUCGCAUUAUCGUUAUGAACGAUGCUUUGUGAAGUCAUUCGGGUGGUAUAAAGGGCCUAGCCAGCUCUUUAUAGCAAUGGAAUACCUUGAACUUGGGGACCUUUUGACCUAUCUACAUGAAAGACCACCGCUGCCAGAGGCUGAAGCAAAACAUAUUGCAUACCAGAUCCUCGAUGGUCUAACUCUAAUGCAUGAGAACGGGUUUGCUCAUCGGGAUUUGAAACCACAUAAUAUCCUCAUAAAAUCACAACCUCCGGCGGAGUGGUGGAUCAAGCUCGCAGACUUUGGUAUCACUAAACGAAUCGAAGAGAGCGGUGGGCAAACAAAGACGAUAAGGGGUACCCCAGGGUAUAUUGCCCCUGAGACUUGGGGCUUCGUUAAUCCAGGAAGUGCGUACGCCACAGACAUCUGGGCUCUUGGGGAGAUCAUAUAUGAGGUUCUUACCAAGAAGCAUGCGUUUACUACGACGGAGUCGCUUGCAAGAUACAAUACAGAGGAGGACUUCCCGGUCACUGUACUCACCGAUGCUGGUAUAAGCCAACAAGGCGUCGACUUUGUGCUUUCAUUGAUGUGUCGUGAUCCCAAUGAUCGGAUGACGGCUGCAUCCGCAAUGUCACACGAAUGGAUAGCAUCCCGAAUACCUUUCUCCCCAGAGUCUGCAAAGGCUAUCCCAGCCGUGCGCAGUUCCUCGCCGGUUACAGUAUUGACUGAAGAAUUUGCCUCCUGGACAACAAUAACAACAGUCCCGUCUUUAGCAGUUGCGAACACUGUUGUUCAAGAUACGCCUGGUUUAACUACCAUGCCACUUCUUAUAAACGUGCCCCAAAGGGAGGUUCGCGGAUUUAGCCCUACGAAGUGUGACAGCCAGCAUCGGACUGGUCUCUCACUCUAUAGUCAAGGCCGAUACGAGGACGCAGAGGGCAUGUUCCAACAGGCUUUUCAGGGGCGAGAGAAGAUGCUUGGUCGUGACCACGAAAGGACGCUCCAGUCUGCACAUUAUCUUGGUCUCUCACUGUAUCGCCAAAAGCAUAACAAACAGGCAGAGGACAUGUUCCGACGAGCUCUCCAGGGGCGAGAGAAGCUGCUUGGUCGUGACCACAAAAGCACGCUACAUUCUGCACACCAUCUUGGUCUUUCUCUCUAUUACCAAGAUCGGUACGAACAGGCAGAGAAGAUGUUCCAACAAGCUCGCCAAGGACGGGAGAGGGUGUUAGGUCACAAUGACAAAGACACGCUCGCCUCUACGCAUUUUCUUGGUCUCUCGCUCUAUCACCAAGACCGACACGAAGAGGCAGAGAACAUGUUCCGACAGGCUCUUCAAGCGAGAGAGAUGGUGCUAGGCCACCACAACGAAGAUACGCUCGCUACAAGACACUAUCUUGGUCUCUUGCUUUAUCGCCAAGAUCGGCACAGGGAGGCAGAGAGUGUGUUUCAGCGAGCUGUUCACGGGAGAGAGAAAGCGCUAGGCGAGAAUCAUGAAAACACGCUCACUUCUAUACAUUACCUUGGUCUCUCGGUUUAUCGCCAAGGCCGGUACAAAGAGGCAAAGGAGUUGUUUCGACGAGCUUUCCAGGGGCGAAGAAAGGUGCUAGGUGAUGUCCAUGAAAGCACUCUUUCGUCUAGGUAUUUCAUGGACAAGGCCCAGAGGCGGGCCCUUCGCGUUUAG